AAAGCCUGUUGUCAGUAGGGUGGAAGUGCGUGCUGCUCCCUUCUGAGAGGAAGGGCUGGUUUAACUUUACUAAGUCCCAGCAGCAGCCUGUGGACUCCUGGCCAGGCUGGUGGGGCUCCAGGGCAGGAUGCUGGGGAGGCUGCUGGGGCACAGCCAGAGGGUGGCUGGGCUGGUGCUGUGCCCUGCCAGAGCCGCUGGCAGCAGAGCAAAGAACGCCCAGGACACGGCUUGGCAGACGGCUGAUCCAGGUAAAGAACCUUUCAGGAAUGAAAGAAAGCCUACAAAUUUUGAUAAAAAGGUGCUGGUAUGGUCGGGACGCUUUAAAAAGGAGGAGGACAUUCCCAGGCACAUUUCGUCUGAGGUCCUGGACACUGCAAGGAGCAUUGCCAGGGUAAAGGUUUGCUACAUCAUGAUUGCACUGACUGUGCUGGGCUGUGUCACCAUGAUCAUCUCAGGCAAAGAAGCUGCCAAGAAGGAUCAGACUCUGCUGAGGGUGAAUGCAGAGAAGAAGGCCAAAUGGAGGGCUGAAGUGGAGAAAGGUCAGGAGGCAGCUGUCGGGAAGUCACAAUGAUUUGGAACAGAUUUAUUUUAACAUAAGAA